UAGUACUGUAAGUAAACAAAUAAAAAAGAUUAUGGCGUCACAAGGCUUACAAACUGAGAAUAUGUGCUCAAUUCAAGAAGAUGUUGGAAAACGUUUAAAAGAUUUUAAAUUUAGCAAAAGCAAGAACGCACGUGCAAUAAUUUUGAAAGUAAAUAUGUCUGAAGAAACUGUGGAAAUUGAAGAUGAACUUGAUGACAUCACAACUGAAGAACUGAUGGAGGAAUUACCUGAGCGACAGCCUCGCUAUAUAAUUUAUAGCUACGUGCAUGAAACGUCUGAUGGUCGCGUCAUGUACCCACUUUAUUUCAUUUACUUCAAACCUACUGGCUGUAAACCAGAACAGGUUAUGCGUUAUGCCGGAUGCAGAGACGAGUUAUAUAUCCUCAGCGGAGCUGGAAAAAUGCUGAGUCUUGAUGAAAAAGAAAAUUUAACGGAUGAAUGGGUACGAGCACAAGGAGGUUUGAAGUGAUUGUUACAUCAUAAACUGUCUUGAUUACUCAUUUUUAUCGGCUUCGGAAAACAUUACUCAUAGCCGAAAUGUAUUCAUUAUUUUUGACGAGUCAGCAGCAAUUAGUCAUCAGAAUAUUGUUCAGGCUUUAUUAAUUCUGAAUAAGUUGCCAAAUUGAUUUUUUAUUAUUUUAAUAUUAUAUUGAGAAUAUAAUCAGUGUAAAACGACAUUUAAAAUGUACUUAAAAGCAAUGAUUGCCACGUUCGUUUAUAUGAAAUAAGUAAUGUAUAUCAGAAAAUAUGUUCUGAGAAUAAAUUUUUUUAGUGUACUGUUUAUUAUACUCUUUAAGUACAAUGAUUUAUGUUAAUUUGAAUGAAAAACAGUUUCUGAAAAUUCAAGAAAUUUUUCCCACUGUUGAAAAAAAUGCUCUGUAUUUCGUAUUAGCAUUCCAGAAUAUAGUUGGCCAUAUUCAUUCUGAGAGACAAAAAACGCUGAGACGCUUAGUUGUGAUAUAUACCUGAGUGCAAUAAUGUCAAAAAUGUUUUGUAUUUCGAUUUUGUUAUUUCUACGUAAUGGUUGUUAAAUCUUCAUGCGUAUCUAUGAUGGCCUAUUGGUUAGGUCUUGUAUGACUAUGUAGAUCAGUGCUGCAAACCCCCUUAUCACCCAAACCAUAUGCAUAGCCGGGGCUUAUCUUGCCUUGUUCGAAGCAAAAGGCACGAGUAAGUGUUGUAUUAUGUCUCUAUACGAAAAAUAUUGCUCCCCCCCCCAAAUCUUGGGCUUGCUACGCUCUUGUUCUUUGCUGUAACUCUAUACAGUUUCAUUAGCUCUUGACACUUUAUUAUGAAUUUUUGUCAAAAAAUUUCGAUUUUGCUUUAAAAAAUUCUUUUAGGAAUAUUUGAAAUUUUAAUAAAUUGCAAGAUAGAAUCCUAGAAUCUUUUUAAACAUGAAACCCUGGGAUUGCAAAAUUAAAUGUAACACAACAUUGGCUAACUUUAUUCUGUUUUGAUUAAAAUUCCCAAAAUUUUGACUUUGACUUGUAUUGAACUGUAGUUAUGCCAGUGUGCUAAACACUGAAUAUUCAUGACAUGGAUAAAAAGCACAACCGGUCGAUGUAAUUUGUCGAAUUUCUAUGCAUUAAAACGUCAUGAGGG